UGACAAGCUGAGGGCCGAGGGCGGACCGUGCUUCCGUGUGACAGAAAAAAGAAGCCUAUUUCUGUUAUAUGUCGUGGUUGUAUCUGAAUCACCUAUCUGACUAGAAGUCCUGGCUUAAAGAAAUCAGAAACCAUCAGAGAAACACACUCUCUCUGGAGAAAAGACACUAACCGGGGAAAAGCAGCGUCCAAGUGCUUUGAGGCUGAGCCAGCCUGAGAGCCAGCAGCCCGCCACUCACAAGAGGGUUCUUUUUGUUUUUUUUUUUACUCUGAGUUAACAGAAUCAUAUUCUAACCAAGGUCUGUGAAUAAGAUUAAGGAUUGGGAUAAAUGUCCUUUACAAAAAGUAAGAAAGGCACCACAUUGCUUAGCACAUAGUAACACUCCAAGUUCAGCUAUUUUAAUAAAUGUUUUGACUGCUGUUUAAAAAAGUAGAGGUGGGUGGUGACCAUCUGUUUUCUGAGAUGAAGGGGCCUCAUCACUGAAGGUCCAGCAGAGCGUUACCAUCUGGGCGGGGAGAGCCCUGGGGACGUGGAGUCUCCAGACACACUUAUGAAGAAAAGGCAGCAAAGGUCCCAGGGCAGGCGAGGCCGGGAGGAAGGCUCGGGUUCCCAGGUCAGACAGAAAGGCAGGUGUGGGGAGUGAGAUAACAGUGCGGAGAGGAAGGCUGGGAUGGGGGUCGGGAGGGGCAGGCUCCAGGAGAGGGGGGCCGGGGCAGAGAGAGCAUCCCCUGCGCUCUUGCCUAGGAGCUGCCAUGCGGUGUUCGGUGCGGCGCUGCUGCGUCACCUCGGGGGGCGUCGCGCUCCUGUGGCUCUUGGUCACUCUGGAAGUCCCCAGGGAAGUUGACGACGACACGAACAGGAUGGCUGUGCAAGUCCAAGAGGACCAGGUUUUGCCUCUGCCAAUGCCCCAUGAGGACAGUUAUGGGAGAAGGAAGGAUCUAGAACCACUAGAAGACUGGCAGAAUCUCACCUUCAAAUAUUUGGAAAAAAUCCAGCAGAGAAAGAAGACCUGGCUGACGGUGGGCAUCUCCUCGCGGCCCCAGCCAGAUGGCAGCGGCCUCCUGCACACGCUGCUCUCCGUGUUCCGCGCCGCCUCGAAAGUGGAGCAGAAGCGCCUCACUGUGCUGGUCCACCUGGCGGGCGCUGACCUGGCCUGGCGCAGGGAGACCGUCCUCCACGCCUCCAGCCUCUUCAGCCCACAGAUCUUGGCGGGGCAGCUGCUGCUGGUCCACGCCCCGCCGGAGGCCUACCCGGCUGAGGGCGGCACCCGGGCCCGGGCCUGCUGCCGGGAGCCGGACUCCGCGCAGAACGUGGACCACGCCUUCCUCGUGAGCUUUGCCACAGAGCUUUCGGAGUACUUCCUGCUGCUGGAGGACAACGCCUUCUGCGCCCCCAACUUCAUCAGCCACGUUCAGCGGAAGGUGGACGCCCUGCGGUCCCAGCCGUGGGUGUUCCUGGAGUUCUCCAACCUGGGCUUCCUGGGCAAGCUCUUCCGCAGUGGGGACCUCCCGGUCCUGGCCCGCUUCCUCCUCCUCUUCUACGGGGAGAAGCCCCUGGACAGGCUCCUCCCUCACUUCCGCACCCUCCUGGCCCAGAAGGACCCAAUCCUCUGCAGACCGUUCCUCUUCUACCACCGGGUCUCCUACCGCACCCUAAAUGACAGCCAGAAGGCCUCAGGCGCGCAGAGAAAGAGCCUCUACUCCCCUGACAACCCACCAGGAGCCGUUUUCACCGACAUGAAGAUUUUUGAGGUCCAUUUCCCCUGGGAGGCCUACGCUCUGGACGAGUCCUUCUUCUGGACCCACAACGUUAGUGCAGGGAGCCAUCUGACUGUCAUCCUGAACCACCCAGCGGACCUGAGGAGGGUGCAGGUGCUGACAGGCACCGUCGUGGAUGGCAGGUACGCCCUGGAGGAGGGGCAGGUGGAGCUGGGCCACGAGCCCGAGGGCAUGCCGCAGCGCUGCACCCGCUUCGCCUUGCUGGGCCUGCUCCGGGAAGGGCAGCUGGAUCAGGAGGUCGUUCCGAAGAGCGUGGGGCACGAGGUGAGCUGCGUGAGGCUGGUGGCGAACGCUGACCAGGUGGGCGGGCUCAUCGUCAGGCACAUCUACCUCUGGGAGGAACGUGCCAGGGCCCUGGGGGCAGCUCAGGAUAAAGGCCACUCAAUACGACCGUGAAAAAUAAAAAUCUAGCAGCCGUGCCAUGUUAGCCUGUCCGCGCGACCCGGGGCUGGGGGGAUGCCAGGGGACGAGGGCAGUGAGGGAAGGUGCUGUCCUUCUUCUGGUGCUGCCCUGAAGUUAGACCCAUUCUUUGCUUUUCCUACCCAAACACGUGACUCUUCUAGGCUGUCUUUUCCUGGGCUGAUACAGCUUAGUCCCAUUUGGGACAAGGCCUUGGUCACUCCCAGAAUCUUUCUAUUUCUGGGAUGCUGAGAUCAGCACAGGUACAGGGUGUUGGGUGUGUGUUCGCACAGUUAGAGGCACGGUGUGGCGGGUAGCAGGAGGGGAAAGCAUGGCCAGGCCCUGAGUGCACGUCACGAGAAGCCAAGAAAGGGCCUCGCAUCAGAAGCUGAACUCUCUGAGGUGCUGGAAUGCAGCAGGUGGAUGCAUACCUAUAAAACCAAGCCUCUGACUCUGUCCUUCUAAGCUGUUCCAUUCCCUUCUUCCCUCACAAGUGAACGUGGGCACAAAUAGUUUGUAACCAAAGCUUUACUUUCUCCUCUCCCCCACCCUGGCUUCUGCGUCCCAGUGCUACCGAAAUGCCUCCCUGUUUGUAGUGACAAAAAUAGUCAUAACUUAGUGGCACUUUUUCAGCUCUCAUUCUCUUGAACUCUCCACAGCAAUGCACAGUAUGGAGUAGUCUUCUUCCUUGACUUCUGGGCUUCAUCCAUUCAGCAGAAUUACUGACUCCCUACCAUGUGCCAGGGAUGAAAAAAGCUCUUCUUGGGGUUAAGUACAGGGUCCUCGGGGAGUACAGAAGGAUCCCACAUGCCACAACUAAGACCUGGCACAGCCAAAAUAAAUGAUUAAAUAAAUAAAUAUAUUUUAAAAAGUGAACUCAAAAUGGAUCAUAGACCUAGAUGUAAGAGCUGAAAACCAUAAAACUCCUAGAAGAAAACAUGGGUGUAAAUCAUUGUGAUCUUGGAUUAGGCAAUAGAUUAUUAUUUUUUAAUACUUUAUUAUUAUUAUUUUAAUUUAUUGGCUGCAUUGGGUCUUCGUAACUGUACACAGGCUUUCUGUAGUUGUGGAGACCAGGGGCUACUCUUUGUUUUGGUGCACGGGCUUCUCAUUGCAGUGGCUUCUCUUAUUGUGGAGCACAGGCUCUAGGCACACAGGCUUCGGUGGUUGUGAAACAUGGGCUCAGUAGUUGCGGCUCACGGGCUCUAGAGCGCAGGCUCAGUUGUUGUGGCACACGGGCUUAGUUGCUCCAUGUGGCAUGUGGGAUCUUCCCGGACCAGGGCUCGAACCCAUGUCCCCUGCAUUGGCAGGCGGAUUCUUUACCACUAUUAGGCAAUAGAUUAUUAGAUAUGACACCAAAAACACAAGUCAUCGGAGAGUAGGUAAAUUGGACUUCAUCAAAAUUAAAACCUUUUGUGGUUCACAGGACACUAUCAAUAAAGUGAAAAUACAACCCACAGAGUGCAAGAAAAUAUUUGCGAAUCAUAUAUCUGAUGAGAAUCUGGUUUCCAAAAUAUAUAAAGAAACUUACACGGGACUUCCCUGGCGGUGCAGUGGUUAAGAAUCCACCUUUCAACGCAGACGACAUGGGUUCGAUCCCUGGUCUGGGAAGAUCCCACAUGCUGCAGAACAGCUAAGCCUGUGCGCCACAACUACUGAGCCUGUCCUCUAGAGUCUGAGAGCCACAACUGCUGAAGCCUGCACAGCCUAGAGCCCAUGCUCUGCAACAAGAGAAGCCCCUGCACUGAGCAGCCUGCGCACCGCAAGGAAGAGUAGCCCCCGCUCGCCACACCUAGAGAAAGCCCGUGUGCAGCAACAAAGACCCAAUACAGCCAAAAAAAAAAAAAAAAAAAAAACUACACACACGCAAAACUUACACACAAUAAUAAGAAGACAAAUAACCCAAUUAAAAAUGGGCAAAGGAUUUGAAUAGACAUUUCUCCAAAGAAGAUACAUGCACUUCACACCCACUAGGACGGCUAUUUAAAAGCUGGAAAAUAAGUUGGUGAGGUGUGGAGAAGUUGGAGCUAAUACAUGCUGGUGGGGUUGUAAAGUGGGUCAGCCACUUUGGAAAACUGUUGAACAGUCCUCAAAAUGUUAGACAGAGUUACCAUAUGAUCCAGCCCUUCCACACCUAGGUCUGUAUGUGCUCAAGAAAAGGAAAACAUACAUGCACACAAAGACUCACACAUCAGCGUCACAGCAGCAUUAUGAUAACCAAAACGUGGAAAGAAUCCACAUGUCCAUCCGCCAAUGCACGCAGACGUGAAAUGUGGUGCAUCCGAGGAUGAACUACGACUCAGAGACAGAAAGGGAUGGGGUGCUGAUACCCGCUGCGACGUGCACGGACCCUCACAACACUGGGCUGUGUGAAAGGAGUCGGUCACAAAAGGCCACACAGUACAUGCUUCCACUUGUAUGAAAUGUCCACAAUAAGCAAGUCCAAAGGGACUCACGUGGGGGUGAUGAAAUGUUCUAAAACUGAUAGUGGUCAUGGUUGUCCUCUGUGAAUAUACUAAAAAAUAAUUGUAUACUUUAAGAAGAGUGAAUGUUAGGGUAUGUGAAUUAUAUCUCAAUA